UUGGGGUCCUAUUAAAAUUUAUUGUCACAAUUGAACUACUUAAGCAAUUCUAUGAAGCAGAAAAGAGCGAUUUGCUCUUUGUUACUGCACAUUUUCCUCAAAGUGUCUUAUGUUUGGUGAAAUGGAUAGAAAGCAAGAACAAGACAAGGGAAACUCAAACAUGUCUGGCAUUGAUGUAGCUCUAAUAUCUCCCAAAGUCCCAAAAGCAGUUUCACCAGUUUCUUCUGCAGCAGCAGAAGGGGACACCUUAAGGCGACCACGUGGCCGGCCAGCUGGCUCCAAAAACAAACCUAAGCCACCAAUAAUUGUCACCAGAGAUAGUGCUAAUGCACUGAAGGCUCAUGCCAUGGAAGUAAGCUCAGGCUGUGAUGUGAAUGAAAGUUUGUUGAACUUUGCAAGGAGAAAGCAACGUGGCCUUUACAUACUCAAUGGAACAGGCUGUGUAACAAAUGUAACAUUGCGCCAACCAGGCUCAGCUGGUGCCAUUGUGACCCUUCACGGUCGAUUCGAGAUUCUUUCACUUCUGGGGUCAAUCCUUCCCCCACCAGCCCCUCCAGGGAUCACAGGCCUCACAAUUUACUUGGCAGGUGCUCAAGGGCAAGUUGUGGGAGGUGCUGUGGUUGGUGCUUUGAUUGCUUCAGGCCCUCUUGUAAUCAUGGCUGCAUCAUUCAUGCAUGCUACUUUCGAUCGCCUUCCAUUGGAAGAUGAUGAACUUGCUGCUGCAAUGCAGAAUCAGCAUUACCAAAAUGGACGCACCCACCAUCUUGAUAUUUCUGACUUGUAUGCAAUCCCACAGAACCUGCUCAUGAAUGGUACAAUGCCCCCAGAGAUAUACUCUUGGGCACCAGGGAGGAACUUCUCAAAAACCUGAAACUUAGCAUACUAUUUGUUAGUUGUCGUCUCACAUUCACAAAAUGCACUGUCCUGUAGCUGUCAGGGGUCUUCCAAGGUUGACAUUGCAAAACAAGAUGAUAUGCUUAUUCUGAUGUAUUAAGAAUUAUUUUAGCAAAUUAGUGGGUAUAAUGAUUUUCAAU